UUGGAAUCCUAAGAAAAGAUUCUAUCUGCAUUAUAGGUUUGAAGACUGUGAAUUUACAAACUGCCCACCUGAGGAUCACUACACUUGUCAGUUUAGAAACUGCUACCAGCGUUUGAACAAUGGAUGUUUCUGCUACCGUUACCAUGCAGUGUCUUCAACCAUCUGCAACUGCUGGUGUCCACCAACGCCACUGUUUCUUGUCUCAAAGACUUUGCAGCAUCUUGCUCGGACCAUAUUAUUUUCCAAAAACCGUUUCAUCGUCAUGCCGUCUGGAGGACCAUUUUAUGCAGCUGCGAAACCUGCUGUGCUGGACCGUCUUGAAGCUUCAAUCUUCCUGCGCGAUGUGCUUCCUCCCAUAAUGCUCUAUUCUCUCAAAUUUCUUGAAAUCAUCUUUCCACCAACAAUCCCGGGCUGCAUUUUCCUAGGAUCACCCGCCCAUCAAAAUUGGAUCGAAACAAUAUCCUAUGUGCAAGGCAAGCUCAAUCUACCGCGCCUCACCCUGCGCAUCUACUUUCCUAAUCUCCGCUCAUUCCAAGACAAGAUGCUCCAUCGCAAAAGCGCAUUGACCAGAGAAGAAGGCAUGCAAUCGAUCGUGUCCAUGCAUGAGUCGAUAACUUCUCCAUUAUCGCAGUUAGGAAAUAGACUCAGUCGAUGUUUUGUACACGCCGUUUGGCCUUUGACUUGGAGGUUUUCUACCAUGCAGAGUAACAUGCAGGAGGUGGAAAGGGAUCUAGUUCAGAUCGAGAGGAGCUUGGAGAGACGAAUUAUGGGGAAUGAUGGUUAUGAUAGUAGGACGACGCGGGGAAACGAGCCAGAGAGAAGUCAAUGGCUCCAAAGAUAUGACUAAGUUGCCUGGUAUUUCGGUUCAAUGAGUUCUUUCGGUGAAUGGAGGAUAUAUACAUGUACAGAGGAGCCUGUAUACUAUUCUGAGAUCCAUUCUCAUACAAUUAUGCAGGUGAUAGAAAUAUGCAUGUUAAUGCACACAGCACAAAUGGAGAAUGACGUGGUGGGAAACCUGCGAGCUGCUCCCCGCCAACGUCCAUCCGCAACCUCUUUUCGUUCCUUCUUCCUUUCCCCUUUUACGAAUUCCGAUCUACUCAGGAUUGAUUGAUCCUGGAUUCUUUAGCUGCUUGAAGUUUUA